UAAACUUUUGAGAUACCCCUUGAGCUCUGGGCCCAGUUCCCUUUUCUGGAUCAAAUAAAGUUUUUAUUUUAUUUUAUUUUUUCUUCUUUAUUUUUAUCAGUAGCUUCUCUCUAGAUACAUCCUUGAUCAGGACCAUGGAUCCUCUGUCUUUCACUAACCCCCAUUGAUCUAUGGUUCUCAUUCAAGUUAAAGAUAUCCUGAGAUUUCUGGGGAACUGUUUUUUCCUGAGGAAUAGGGACCCCUGCACGUUCAAGAAUUGGCACACUGCCUGAGUUCAAGGGAAUGUUCAGGAAACACGCUCAACAAGUGAAUGACUGAAAGCUGAUUCUGACUAGUCAACCAAAACUUAGCCAGCACUAAUGUUUCGGGAUGCAUUGAUGCUUUAAAGCUUCUCAAGAGGAGUACGUAGUGUAAAGGAUAGAAGAGAGAAGAAAGGGGACCUUACAAUAAUCAAUAUCUGUAGACUUCCCAGUUUUAUAAAGUGGUGUUUUCUCUUCAGAGGAAACGCUGGGUGAGUCUAAAUGCUGGUGAUGGAUUCACUGUCCCUCCUGCCAUACAGAUCACUGACUGAAAGAUUCAAUCCUUGAGUGUGGCUAUAUCCACAGGCAGACUGGCUCAGUCCAGCAAGAGGGCAUCUGGAAGUUGAAUUAACUGCUGGUGACUGUUGAGUAGAAAUAUACAUCUUUGAUCUUUCAUCAACCGACAACCUGAUAUCAAACAGCAAGGGGCAUGUCAAAUUCAUCAACAUUCCUUUAAUGAGGUGAGGAACUCUUAAUGGUAAACCAACAGCUGAGUAACAGGAUGACAGUACAACAGUAGGUAGAGAAUCAAGGCGCUGAGGUCAAAGCAUUGAGCCAACACCCACCUGGGAUGGGGUAUAAAAGGCCUAGCAGGGAAAGGGGUUGUCACACUCAGUGGCUUGGCCUUCGCAGCUGCUCUGAAGCUCCUGUGCUACCUCAGCCCACACCAUGACCUCCUGCUACAUCAGCUCAUCCCGCUGUCUGGGCAGCACUCAGAUGCCCGAAGCUGCAAAUGUCUGCGGUUCCUGCAUUGACGUUGGGGGCCAGCCUGGGGCAGAGGCCAAGGCUGCCUCCCUGUGCCUGUCUGCCACCCUGGCACAUGCCAACAAGAUGCCUGUGGGGACAACUCCUCUGGGCCGACCCAGCCUCUGUGUGCCCUACAGCUGCCAAACCGCUUGCCCCUUGCCAGGGACCCGAGACAUUCCCGGCAACAUCGGAGUGUGUGAGAACUAUGGGGAAGGUGCCCCGAACGGGCACGAGAAGGUGACCAUGCAGUUCCUGAACGACCGCCUGGCCAACUACCUGGAGAAGGUGCGUCAGCUGGAGCGGGAGAACGCGGAGCUGGAGACCAAGAUCCGAGAGUCGAGCAAAUGCCACGAGUCCAGCGUGUGUCCAGACUACCAGUCGUACUUCCGGACCAUCGAGGAGCUCCAGCAGAAGAUCCUGUGCAGCAAGGCUGAGAAUACCAGGAUGGUAACUCAAAUUGACAAUGCUAAGCUGGGUGCCGAUGACUUUAGAAUCAAGCACGAGAGUGAGCGGUCCCUACGCCAGGUGGUGGAGGCGGACAUGUGUGGGAUGCACAAGCUCCUGGAUGACCUGAGCCUGGCCAAGGCCGACCUGGAGGCCCAGCAGGAGUCCCUGAAGGAGGAGAUGCUCUGCCUCAAGAGCAACCACGAGCAGGAAGUCCACAUCCUGAGGGGUCAGCUGGGAGACAAGCUCCAGAUUAAGCUGGACGCGGAGCCCACCGUGGACCUGAGCAGGGUGCUGGACGAGAUGCGGUGCCACUACGAGGCCAUGAUGCAGACCGGCCGCAACGACGUGGAACAGUGGUUCCAAGAUCAGUCCGAGAGCAUCAGCAAGCAGGACAUGUCCUGCUCCAAGGAGCUGCAGUGCUGCCAGUCGGAGAUCCUGGAGUUGAGGCGCACGGUGAACGCCCUGGAGGUGGAGCUUCAGGCCCAGCACAGCCUGAAGGACUGUCUGCAGAACUCCCUGUGUGAGUCGGAUGCACGCUUCGGCACCGAGCUGGCCCAGAUGCAGAUCCUGAUCCGCGACGUGGAGGAGCAGCUGUCUGAGAUCCGGGCUGACCUGGAGCGGCAGAACCAGGAGUACCAGGUGCUGCUGGACGUCAAGGCCCGGCUGGAGAGCGAGAUUGCCACGUACCGGAAACUUCUGGAGAGCGAGGAUUGCAAACUCCCCAUCAAUCCCUGUUCUACGGCUGCUGCCUGUGUCCUUCGUCCAAGCUGUGUCCCAGCCACCUGCCCUCUCUAAGCAAGUGGCCUCGGCGCUGAGAAGUGAUUCUGAAGGUCUGAGUGCUGGUGCAGGAGGUCAAGGCUGGUUGUACCCAGGCUAGGAUUGCCUUCACCUGCUCAUUAGCCUUCCUUCCAGGAAGACUGAACUCACUGGAGGCAUGUUCACUGAAUCAGAGCAUAACAGAAACUUCUAAGCCAUGGCUCCCUGUGUGUCCCCACACUGCAUCCGCCCCCCCCCCCCCCGCCCCGCCACAUCCAAUGCUAUCAUUGUCUUUCACUUAAGCUAUCAUUUGAUCCCAGUACCUCUUCUGGGAUUUGCCUUCUAGUCCCAUGCUUCAGAGUCUCCUAAGAUGUAAUUGGGUUCCUGUAUGAAACGGUCAAUAAAUCUCCUUCCUGUA